AGCAACCGGGGCCGAGGCGGCGGCGCAGUUCGGAUUCUCCGUUCCCUCCCUGGCGUCCCUUUGAGCCGCGCGGUGCCGGGCGUGCCCGCGGCCGCCGCGCGCCGAGCAUGGCGGACACCGCGGAGGGCAAAAAGGAGGAGGCGGAUUACAAGCGACUCCACAGCUUCCCGCUGAUCCGGCACACGGACAUGCCGGAGGAGAUGCGCGUGGAAGCCAUGGAGCUGUGUGUCACGGCCUGUGAGAAAUACGCCACCAACAACGAGAGUGCUGCCAAGAUGAUCAAAGAGAUGAUGGACAAGAAAUUUGGCUCCUCCUGGCAUGUGGUGAUUGGGGAAGGUUUUGGCUUUGAGAUCACUCACGAGGUGAAGAAUCUGCUCUACAUGUUCUUUGGCGGCAGCCUGGCCGUGUGUGUUUGGAAGUGCUCAUGACAGCUGGCCGGGCCCCAGACUCGCUGCCCACAGGAGCUUCUUCCUUUCUCUUCACAGGUUUUGUACAAUCUGGAGCGGGGCUUUAUUUUUAAUAGUCAAACUUUUGAGAUUUGUCCUUUUCCUACUGAUGUACCAGUCGCGUGGGAUACRGCUUGUUGGCGGGCGAGCGUGUGCGCGCGUGUGCUGAGCGGGGCCGGCCCUCCCGGGAGCGACUCCUCUGGCUCCYCUUCCCUUCGUGGGCAGAGGCAGGGAGCAGGGAGCACCUGAGGCAGGACRCAGCCAGGAGCGGGAGGCAAGUGACAAGGUCCUCCCCAGGCCGCGCCUCUCCUCCCGCUUGCUCCACGUUGCGUUCCCUCUUCCCUGGCUCUGACCAGCGUCUGCUCCUCCUCUGCGCGCUGUCCUCCCGCACGACCACGCAGAGCUGCCUGGCUCGGGCACCAUCCUGGCSCUGGCGGCGUUAGCCUGAGCCCCCUGGGCGGAGCGGGGCGCUGGGCAAACGGCCCCCUCUCUUCCCACCCAGCGCGCUGACACACGCGCAGCUGGUGCUGCCUGCGGAGUGGGUGGCAGCUCUGCGUAAGGCUUCGUUGCCUGACAGCGUUUGG